AUGUCAUUGGUAACUCUGAGCCUUGCAUCCUGGACUACGUUGCGUGUGCAGACAGAUUGGACCCCACACGAAAAGGAGAAAGCGCAGAUGACAGCAAUUUCCGGACUCAAUCUUACGGACCUCAUCUACCAGCAAUGA